UUCUCCUCUCUUCUCUCUUGCUCUACUAUAUAUUUGCACAUGUUCAAGCGCGCCGAUUUUGCGUGAAUUCGUUAGGGGAGUAUGUUUCCUAGUUGCUUGACUGUAUUGGGAAAAAAGUGAAUCGGAUCGUUUGAUUAUUUGGCCAAUUGGUUUAGUGCUGCUUUCAACUGUGUAUGGAUUUUUGUGAGUGACGUAUUAUUCUGCGGUAUUCAGCUUCUUUCCCCCUUUUUUAAUUUCUUGAUUCUCUGUUUUGUGUGAAGAGGAUAAAGGAAUUUUGUGAGUGACGUGUUUUGAGGGGAACUCGUGUUUUGAUGUUUUAGUGAAGCGAGCAGCUGAUAAUCUUGUUGCCCUUGUUCAAUGUGAAAAAUAGAAAAUAUGGAAUAUUGUGUAUAUAUUUUUUAUUUGAUGAGUUUUUUUUAUAUAAUUUCUGAUUUCAAGAUGAGGGGGGGGGGGGGAGUACUUUCUUAUCUUGAUAUUGGAAAUGUAGUAAACAAUUGCAAUGCUGUCAAAUUUUGGGGAAUUAGUAUAAAUAAUGAUAGGUUUAAAAUUUCUUUGAUCAUUUGUAAUUGAAUAUGUUUUGUGAGUGGUUGUUGUUACUCUCAUGUUUGCUGUUGUUUUAGUCUAAUGAGAUGUUUAGUGUUGCACGUUUGUGGAAAAGUGAUGGUACAACUGCCGAAGAGUUCCAUAGAUGUUCGUCUUAUACAGCAUUUGUUCGUAUUGUGUGCAUUAUUAUCGUUGAAAUCUUUUGAUAUCUUCGUGGAUGAUGCUUCCAUGUGACAAUGUUAGAGCUACUGUAAAGCAGGCACAAAGUAGACUGAAUUGAAUAUAUUGAGGCAGACGACAAAUGUUUUACUUUUUGUACUUGAUGCACCAUGUUUAAGGGAACUUAAUUUUUCAGUCUCGAGAACCCAUGGUGGAAGAGAGUUCAAAGCAAGAUACACUUAUAAUGGAGGAGAUUCAGUUGUAUACCAACUGGGACGAUGUCAUGUGUCCCAUAUGCUUGAACUUUCCUCACAAUGCUGUUCUUCUCCAAUGCGCAUCAUAUGAAAAAGGAUGUCGUUCCUUUGUGUGCGACACCGAUCAUUUGCAUUCCAAUUGUCUGCAACGCUUCAAACAAGCAAAUGGAAUGUCACCAGAAGGAAAAUCUCCAAGCACUGCUGAAAAUAUACAGUGUGUGGAUUCAGAAUCCGAGAGCAAACCAGCCUGCCCCUUGUGCAGAGGAGAAGUCACUGGAUGGGUAGUGGUCAAUAAGGCUCGUAAUUAUUUGGAUGAGAAGAAACGUUGCUGUGAAGAGGAAAACUGUCAAUUUGCAGGUACUUAUUCUGAGCUCCGAAAGCAUGCCCAGGUGGAACAUCCUCAUGCUUGCCCUUCAAAAAUAGAUCCUGCACGCCAGCUUGAUUGGGACAAUUUCCAGCAGUCCGCUGAGAUCAUAGAUGUAUUAAGUACUAUUCAUUCAGAAGUUCCACGUGGAGUGGUUUUGGGUGAUUAUGUUAUCGAGUAUGGAGAUGAUCACUCUGGAGAUGAUUAUGAUGACUUCCCUGGGGAUGAGGGAAACUGGUGGACAUCCUGUAUUCUGUAUCAAGUUUUUGAUAACUUUAGGGCAUCUAGAAACCGAAGAAGAUCAAGAGUCAGUGAUUCAAGAAGAGGAAACCACCGUUUGAGUUUUGAUACUUCAAACUAUGAUGAGGGUUCUGUGUCGUCUGCGGAAUAUGCAGAUUACAGAGCUGAUGAGACUGAUGAUGAAUAUAUGAGUGCAAGAGCAUUAUCCAGACGAAGAGUUGCAGAACAUAGCUCUCGAAGGCGUCGCUCCCGCUUCUUUGACAACUAGGUAAUUAUGCAACAGAAUAGAGUUCAUCAUAGGUGUGGAAUGGAAAAAUUGAAAAGUUUACAGAUCUCUGUCGGGCUGUUGACAAACAGUGGAUGAUGCCAAAACCAUAUUGGCAGUGCUGGUGGUGCAAAGUUCUCAGUUUAACAGAUUGAUGUUCCUCUUAGGUCACUUGUUUCUCAUACUUGGAUUGCAGGAGUGUCUGGUUUUAAAACUUUAACGCGCUCCGCUUUCUUAUAAUUGUUUAAUUAUAUUUAUACCCCCUUGUUAAUGUUUCUUGGCAGACUUCCUUAGCUUCUUAGAUGACUCUAUGUCUGAAUUCAACUACUGCUGGAAUUUGUCUGUCAAUGGAAACAAUGUUCAUAAAUGUAUCAUUUCAUUUUAUUUCA